GAGCUUUGUACAGUACGCCGUGCCAGGCAGUGACGACGGUUGAAGAAGCAGGAACACUCCAGCGUAAUUAUAAGAGAAUCCAGAGAUACUUUCUGUCACGGUGAUGGCCACUACUAAUGCCCCUCCUUCCUACGUGGCUGCGCCUCAGCCCGUCGGCCAGCAACAACUGGUGACGGUGCAACCCGCUGCCGGCGUUACUUUCGGCACGGUCAACCCACAGCCUCGAAGUGGUAACUGGAAGGGUAUUGUAUGGACAGGAAUAAUUCAAGUGGUUUUGGGUUCCUUAACCGUCAUUCUGGGGAUUGUCACCCUGACUGAAUUUGGCCAGUUCUUCUUUUUCGGUGACAUCGGAUCUCCAAUUUGGUGUGGUAUAUUAUUCUACGUCGUCGCUGGAAUCUUGGGCAUAGUGUCAGGAUGUAAGAAGCAUUCCGGAGUGGCUGUCGGCUACAUGGUCAUGUCCAUCUUGGCUUGUCUGGCUGCGUGCUGCGUCAUUGGUUUUGGGGCUGCCAUGAUGGCGAUCAUCAAUCAAGUCUGUCAUCCAAUUUAUACGCGUUAUCGUUAUGACUACACUUAUGGCUAUCGUGGCCAGAGCGUCUCGUACUAUGACGACCCUCUUCAUUCUGUUAUUUGCAGGUGA